GCAGCACUGGCACCGGCAUAUGAUACUCAGCGCGUCGGUAGAGGCGGACACCAACCUUCUCUGCAUGCUACAUCGACGUUAUGGAUACGUUCUCUAGGACCCGCGGCGACGACAAGACGAGGGUUCGGCGGCAGAACUCCAGGAAUGCGAACGCCAGCCCGGCCAUCCGCUCGCCCAUCUACUACCCCGUCAAAUGGCUGGGCGAUAUAAUGGCAGCCAUAUUCAGGAUCGUGAGCCCGUAUACGACGAACCUAAUCCCUCUUGUUGUCUUCUUGUUGUCCAUACCCGUCAUCGCGUUCCUCUCAGCGUCCGCUGGAUAUCUCGUCUGGAGGAGCGUCGCCGUAGGCUGGGAGACGGACGUAGUGCUUCAGUACGGCGAUGGCAUCCCUCCAUAUGCUGAGUUUGCCCUGCCCAACCUGGUCGCAGGGCAGCCCUACGAUGUCUCUCUACAGCUCACCGUCCCCGCGUCCCAGGCUAACUUCGCCCUCGGGAACUUCAUGACGAGUCUUCUGAUCAGCUCGCCUCAGAAGGAUAACACCCUGGCAUACGUCCGCAAACCUGCAAUCGUCCUCCCUCCAUCGAACCCACUGCGAAGUCUACUCUAUGCCGGACUGCAUACCGUUGAUUUGGAUAUCCCACUUCUGUCGGCAUUCUCUCUGGAUAACAAACGCGCAUUCGCUCGGGUGGAACUCGGCCGUCGAGACCAGUGGAAGAGCAUCGGCUCUGGGGAAGGCCGGGAGCUCACUGUCCACGCUGCUAUCUUGCGCGGCAUCGUAGUUCACAAGGGACUUCGCGGCCUCAUCUCGCGUUUUCCGCUCCUCACCUCUGUCAUCGCAGCAUGCACUUUCCUCUUCCUCUCCUUCGUCGUCCUCGCAGCAUGUCUUCUCCCCGCACUCGAGCUCCGCUUCGACAGCGAUCCUCACUUCAACGACCCCCCUCCACCCCGGCCCAGGCAGUCACGGCGUCACACGAGCGUUGCUACGAGCAGUGACGCUGGGAAGUCACCGCGUUCCCCUAGAGUGACCCACGGCCGCAGCAGGAGCGGCACGGACUCGAUGCGUUCGCCUGACCCGCUGGUACCCAAGGACGAAGACAUGGAACUCGACCCCUUUGAUCCAAGCAUUGAUCCCGAAACCCUCCCAUCUGAUCUCCGAGAGCAGUACUAUCUGGCUCGGGCAGCGGCGCAGGUGGCUGCGCAACAAGAGGGCGGCGCACCCUCGGUGCAGCCCGUCCCCCGCGUACAUUCACCUGAUGACUUUGAUCAGAGAGCGUUCCCGCGUCGCCGCCGGUCGCGGCAGACGUUGAACUUGCAGGACUCGGACGAGGAUUAGGACUCGGACGCGGGAUGUACCAUCUAGCAUACCCAUUUGUAUCCAGUAUGUGCUUCAGCAAGUACCGUGGCCCACGCCGAAGUGUGAACGUCGA